AUGUUGCUCAUGAUGCUUCCGAUUUUUUGCGCUGCUUUGGUGCCGCUCGCGGCAGUGAUUCUCAUGAUGCUUCCGAUUCUUUGGAUUCAUUUGGUGCCGCCCGCAGCAAUGAUGCUCCUGAUGCUUCCGAUUGUCUACUUCCUUUGGUGCUGUGCCGCCCGCGGCAAUAACCCAUUACGCUUUGCUUUGCUGCCGGCGAAGGCAAUAAGGCUCCUGAUGCUUCCUAUUGUUUGCUUUGAUUUGCUUCGAUCGGUGCCGGCUACGGCCACCCACCAACACCCACAUCACACCCUGAUGCUCAUGAUGCUUCCGAUUGUUUGCUUUGAUCAAUUUGCUUCGGUGCUUGCCAUGGCCAUGAUGCUCAUGAUGCUUCCGGUUGUUUGCUUCGCUUCGCUGCCGGCGGCGUCAAUGAUGCUGAUGAUGCUUCCGGUCGUUUGCUCCUUUGCGGCCGCCCACGACAAUGAUGUUCACUAUGCAUCCGAAAUUCUGCUUUCCUGUGGUGGCAAUGAUGCUCAUGAUGCGUCCGAUUGUUUGCUUGGCUAUGGUGCCGCCCACGUGAAU